UCUUGUCCAUAUUAGCCAAUAUAAAAAAGAAGAAGAAGAAGAAGAAACCGCGUUUUGAUAUUGUAAAUCACGUCCAGCACAACAGUCCGAGAAGUGAAUGGCUGACAUAGUGAAGCAGCUGUUGGCAAAGCCGAUCCAGCUGGCGGACCAAGUGGCCAAGGCAGCGGAGGAGGCCAGUUCCUCCUUCAAGCAAGAGUGCUUAGAGCUCAAAUCCAAGGCCGACAAGCUCGCGGCGCUGCUGCGGCUGGCGGCGCGUGCGAGCUCCGACCUCUACGAGCGCCCCACGCGCCGCAUCAUCGCCGACACCGAGCUCGUCCUCGACAAGGCCCUCUCCCUAACCCUAAAAUGCCGCGCCAACGGCCUCAUGAAGCGCGUCUUUAGCAUCAUCCCCACCGCCGCCUUCCGCAAGAUGUCCUCCCAGCUCGAGAACUCCAUCGGCGACGUCUCCUGGCUCCUCCGCGUCUCCACUCCGGCUGAGGAGCGCGCCGACACCGAGUACCUCGGCCUCCCCCCAAUCGCCGCCAACGAGCCCAUCCUCGGCCUCAUCUGGGAGCAGGUCGCCGUCCUCCACACCGGCUCCCUCGACGACCGCUCCGAUGCCGCCGCCUCCCUCGUGUCGCUCGCACGUGACAACGACCGCUACGGGAAAUUAAUCAUCGAAGAAGGCGGCGUCGGACCUUUACUGAAGCUCAUCAAAGAAGGAAAGAAAGAAGGGCAAGAAAACGCUGCGAGAGCAAUUGGGCUUCUUGGCCGUGACCUCGAGAGUGUAGAACUCAUGAUCCACGCCGGUGUUUGCUCUGUCUUCGCCAAAGUCCUCAAAGAAGGUCCCAUGAAAGUGCAAGCUGUGGUUGCUUGGGCUGUUUCUGAAUUAGCCGCCAAGUACCCUAAAUGCCAGGAUCUUUUCGCUCAGCAUAACAUUGUUCGCUUACUUGUGAGUCAUCUCGCGUUUGAAACCGUUCAGGAGCAUAGUAAAUACGCCAUUGUUAGCAACAAACCUACUUCAAUCCAUGCUGUUGUGAUGGCUAAUAGUAAUAAUUCUAAUGGCAAUGGUGCGAGGAAGGAGAGUGAAGACGAGGAAAAACAGAUGCAGAGUAGGAUGCAGCAUCCCUUGGGUGAUAGGUCUACAAAUCAGAUGCAUAGAGUGGUCACAAGUACCAUGGCAAUGCAUGCUGCCAACAAGAAGCAGCAACAGGUUAAUGGUGGUAAUGGGAAGCAAAGCUAUUCGUAUUCCGGGAUUAACAUGAAGGGGAGGGAAAUUGAGGACCCUGAUAAUAAGGCUUACAUGAAAGCAAUGGCGGCUAGGGCGCUCCGGCAGCUGGCAAAGGGGAACGCGGCCAUUUGUCGGAGCAUAACAGAGUCGAGGGCGCUGUUGUGCUUGGCCAUACUGCUUGAGAAAGGAACUGAGGAUGUGAUGUACAACUCUGCCUUGGCGGUGAAGGAGAUAACAGCUGUGGCGGAGAAAGAUGCAGAAUUGAGAAGAUCCGCGUUCAAGCCGAAUUCUCCGGCCUGCAAGGCGGUUGUUGAUCAAGUGCUUAAGAUCAUUGAGAAGGAAGAUAGAAAACUCUUGAUUCCUUGUGUAAAGGCUAUUGGGAAUCUGGCCAGGACCUUCCGGGCGACGGAGACCAGGAUAAUCGGUCCCUUGGUCCGGCUUCUCGACGAAAGAGAGGCAGAAGUGUCCAGGGAAGCAGCCAUAUCUCUCACGAAAUUGGCCUGCUCGGAGAACUACCUCCACCUUGAUCACUCCAAGGCAAUCAUAAGUGCCAGUGGUGCCAAACACUUGGUCCAGCUUGUGUAUCUUGGAGAACAGACAGUGCAGAUUUCAGCACUAGUCCUGCUCUCCUACAUUGCAUUGCAUGUGCCUGACAGUGAGGAACUUGCUCGGGCCGAGGUGCUCGGAGUUCUUGAAUGGGCUUCCAAGCAACCUAACCUGACGCAGGACCAAACCCUCGAGGCAUUGUUGCAGGAUUCCAAGGGUAGGCUGGAGCUUUAUCAGUCUAGAGGUUCAAGAGGAUUCCAAAAAUUACAUCACUAGGAACAUGAGUAAGUUAUUCAUUGUUGUCGUUGUGAGCUUUGUCAAUCAUUCGUAUUGAUCCAUUCUUCUUGUGAGUGUAUAUACACAAUCAAAUGCCUUGUCCAAUUGUUCAAAUUUGUUUUUUUUUUUCCAACUAUAAAGAGAAUUGUUUGUUGCCUAAUCCAUUUCUUCUAACUUAUGGAAUGUAGUACCUUAUAGGCCAAUAUCAACAGCUAUACUUUGUAAUCUUGCUUUUGUAAACAGCCCCUAGUUGCUCUUUUCUAAUGGAAAAGUAAAAUGUACUUAUCAA